CCAAUCCAGCACAAACCCUCAGGAUUGGCUGCUGAGAUGUAAAGAGAGCAAGACUUCCUGUCCUGUUCGGGCCUCUAUGGACUUCCUGCAGGCCUGGGGUCAGCUCCAAGACCUGGAGGCUUGGCUUCUGAAGGACCAGAACCAGGAUGAGGAAGAGCUGAGCGACUGGCUACUCACCCCGCCCACUGUUGCCAUGGACGCUGUGUUGGAUGCUGAGCGCUGGCAGCAGGUUCUAAAGCCCUUCGAGGAGACCUGGUCCUCCAAUGACUGGCUGUUGGAGAGCGUCCCUGCUGCAGACUGCACCUCCUGCUGUCAGGCCCCCAAGGCCAUGGAGAUUGAGAACCUGGGCCAGCUGAAGUGCCUAAAGACCCCCUCUGCCCCCGCAGUCACUCUGGAGGCGUGGCUUCAGCAGGUAGCACCAGUGCAGCAGACCUGCAGGGCAAACGAGCCUUGUUCCACCUACGCUGACUGUGUCUGUGACGAGAACUGUGGGAAGGAUGCUCUUAACCGCUGGCUGCUGCAGCAGGAGGGGCGGGACAAAAAUGGCGUCUCCCUAAACAAGAAUGCCCCGCCCACUUCCUCCUACAGAGACCAAGAGCAAAAGGUUCAGGCCAUCCUGGAGGCCUGGCUCCACCCCAGCACAUGCAGACCCUCCCCUCCCACAACCUGUGAAAGUCCAGAGGAGACCUUAAAUGUCCGCCGCUCCCAGUUCUUGUCUCCCUUCACCCGUCCUCUAAAUCCAGAUCUCUGGGUUCAUCCUGACGCAACUCCUGGUUCAGGAGGUUCAGCUAAGGAGGAAGAGGAGGCUGACAAGUGGCUCCUGAAGAAAAAAGUCGUGUCCAGGAUUCGGCUGAGGAGGCUGACAAGUGGCUCCUAAAGAAGAGGAGUCAGGUCCAGGAGCAUUUGAUUC